AUGUCAAUAUCAUACAUCAAGUCACUGCUGUUUGGGAAUAACAACACAGGUGCCAAUACAGAGGCAUCAUCACCUCGACAUUCGGGUCCGAGGUUGGUUCCCGAGCCUGACACUUCUGAUACUAUCACGCUGCCAGAUGGCCGAAAACUAGGCUAUGCACAAUUCGGGCUCUCGACCGGAAAGCCCAUCUUCUACUGUCAUGGCCUCCCAGGCUCCCGAAUAGAAGCUGGUCACCUUCAUGAGGCAGCUUUGGAUGUUGGUGCUCGACUUAUUGCAACGGACCGCCCAGGAAUGGGUUUGAGCACCCCUCAACCCGGACGAACGCUUCUCGAUCACCCCAAAGACUUGGAAUAUCUUGCGACGCAUCUCAAGCUGAAGGAAUAUGGAGUUCUGGGCGUGUCUGGGGGCGGUCCCUAUGCACUAGCUUGUGCGAACUCAAUGCCUCCCGAAAAGCUCAAAUGCGUAUCCAUCGUCUGCGGCAUUGGGCCGCCUGACAUUGGCAUGAGCGGAGCUGGAUGGUUUCACUGGAUCGGAUUCAACUACGGCUGGCGGUACACCCCGCGCAUUGCCGGAUGGUUCUUCCACCAUCAAGGACGCUUCCAUCUAUCAGACGAAGAACGGCUCGAACUGCAGCUCCAGGAUGCGGAGAAGAAGAAAGCAACGUUCCCGAAGCAAGAAGCUGGGAUCUGGUCAGACAGAGAGAUUGUGGGGCGCAUGGUCAUGGCAAGUCGACAAUAUUACGGUCAAGGAAUCGAUGGUGUAAGUAAUGAUGGUCACCUGGUUGGCACAGAGUUCGGAUUCCGUAUCGAGGAUAUUCGGCCUGAUUUGCCUGUACGGCUUUGGUAUGGUCAACAUGACACAUUCGUCCCUAUGAAUCACGGAAUACAAAUUGCCAAGCGAUUGGGGAGUAGAGCCAAUCUUAGACUCGAAGACGACACGCAUGCUAGUAUCUUCUUCAAUCGGAGGAGAGAAGUAUUGGCGGAUUUGGUUCAGAACAUUUGA